AUGACAAAAAGCAAUACUGCGGAUAUCAAUCCGAAUGUUAUCUUUACCUACAUCCCAAACCUGAUUGGAUUCACGAGAGUAGCGACAGCUCUGCUUUCGUUCUUUCUAAUGAAGGACCAUCCUCGUUACACCACGAUUAUUUACGGAAUAUCGUGUUUACUGGAUGCCUUUGAUGGUAUGGCUGCCAGAAAAUACAACCAAUCAACCAGGUUUGGUGCUGUGCUCGACAUGGUCACGGAUAGAUGCUCAACAACAUCUUUGAUAUGUUUCCUAUCUGUCAUAUACCCCACAUAUUACAUACUGUGGCAGCUCUUGGUCUCGUUGGAUUUGUCAUCCCAUUACAUGCACAUGUAUGCUGCGUUGUCCACCGGAAGCACGUCACACAAGAACAUUGACCAAUCCCAGAACGUGUUGUUGAGACUGUACUACACGAAAAAGAGCGUGUUAUUCACCGUGUGCAUGUUCAACGAGUUGUUCUACAUGGCAUUGUACCUUUCGUACUAUGACUUCAUGCUUGUUCCUGGUUUGGCCAUUACAUUCCCUCAGCUGCUGGCAUACGUCAGUCUUCCAGUUUGGUUCUUCAAGCAGGUAACCAAUGUGAUCCAACUGGCUGGCGCCGCCUAUACUCUUGCUGAGAUAGACAUAAAGGAGAAGAGCCAGUCGAAGAAGGAGUAA